AUGGUGUGUGGUCAAACAAUGGUCUUAUUCAUUGUGGAGUUUUCGGUGCCGGUCAUCUCGCAACAGGCGUUGGUGGCAGAGUUCCCGUCGUUGGGUAACUCGACUUACGUGUGGAAUACGGUGAUUGCAGUUGAGUCCAUUGCGCGUGUGACUUCGGUAAUUGGUGGCAUGAUGGUUGACUACUACGGUCGUUACUACUUGGUCUUGGCAUCGUUUCUGAGUUCCAUCAUUUUUAGUGUGCUCGGUAGUUAUACGUAUACGGAUUCAGUGACGACGAAUAUGGUGCUAUACAUCCUCUUUCGUGGUUUGGUCGUGUUAUCGGGCGUGCACUGCGGCAUGUACGGGCCUAUAUGGGCCAUCGAGUGUUUGGGAGUACAGUACCGAGCUAUGGUCUUUUUUUCCUGUCAGGUCCUAUGCGCGCUUUGCUACAUGGCUGCGACCGGCUUCGAGUGGUCACUGGAGGCAAAGACAGUCGGGGGAGACUGGCGCGCCUUCCAGCGUUACGUGCACUUGCCUAUGUUGCCCUUCGUGGCAUUCGGGCUCUUGGUCUUUAGUGAAAGCCCAAUGUGGCUGCUCGCGAAACGAUUCCCGCGCACACGCGUGUGGGACACGUUUCUCUACUUCAGCGGACAACGUAUCGGCGACAAGAAGCAGCUGCCGCUCGACCGAAUUCGCUUCAAACAUAUCGACGACGUCGAUCCCUACACUUUACGACACCCAGGCAGGCUCUGCACCUGCAGGCCUUCUCGAACAGGCUACGAUCGUACAGAGGACCUCGGAAUACAAAGGGAAACAGCACCUAGAUACAUGUACAGCGGCACUUUAUGUCCUCAGGAGAUACUCCCAACCUUCGCUCACGGCUGGCGCAAACCCGACGGCUGUCUCAAGGGCCAAGGCAGCACCUGCGAUGGGGCACUGGCGAACACCGAAACUACCCCCAGACCCCGUUGGUAUGCACCCAUCCCCGCGGAAGUCUCCCACCAGGAGUCUUCCGGCGACGCAACCACCUUUAAUACUCGCGAAAACAUCCGAGAGGAACAUUCCGACACCGGGCAUUCCGAGAAGGAAUAUUCCGAGACGGAGCGUCCCGAGAAGAUGCAUCCCGAGACGGAGCAUCCCGAGACGGAGCAUUCCGAGAGGGAGCAUUCCGAGAGGGAGGGUUCCGAAAAGGAAGAUUCCGAGAGGGAGGGUUCCGAGAGGGAACGUUCCGAAAAGGAAGAUUCCGAGAGGGAGGGUUCCGAGAGGGAACGUUCCGGAAAGGAAGAUUCCGAAAAGGAAGAUUCCGAGAGGGAACGUAUUCAGAGGAGGCAAGACGGAGGCGUUCCAGAAAUCAAUUUUACUAUGUCCGUUUGUCGGCCCAACUGCGGAGGAGGCAAGGGUCUAUACAGACUCUGUCGUGAUACCAGUUUACACGGCGCAGGACCACGUUGGCGGACCCGCAUCAGGGAGUAA